CUUAUCCGUGAUGAUCACAUUUGUUUGAAAAUUAAAAUCCUGAUCACAUCGCGAAAACAUUGAAUUUAUUUCUUCCUAACGUUCUUUCGUCUAAACUGUUUAAUUUUCCUUCUCACCAAAUUACAAGUGCCCGUGUUAACAAACAAUAUGCACAAAAUUAUACAAAGGGCGCGAUUCUCGAAUCGCGCACACUCAAACUUGGACCAAUCGCAACUUGUUUCCAUUUUUUCAAACCAUGCUACCAUUGAUACAAAUUCAACGUUUUCAUCUUAUGCUGCCAUCGAUGGAGGUCGCACAGUUGAAUCUUUUGAUUUUCGGGAAAUUACAAACACAAGAGAACUUAGGAACACAUUUGACAAAUACAAUAGAAACGUUUUGUCUCGAUGCCUGAACUGGACCUCGGGGGCAAUUAAUAAUCAUCAUGCAGCCAGCUAUGUGGUAAAUCGUCAUUUUACAGCCGAUCACAAUGACAAAUGCACAAAGGAGUUCUCAAGUAAGCAUCUUAAAAAUAUUCCAGAUUUUGUAAGGAUAGUGGAGGUUGGUGCAAGGGAUGGAUUGCAAAAUGAGAAGGUUAUUGUUCCCACUGAUGUGAAAAUUGAAUUGAUAAAACUGCUAGUUUCUUCGGGGUUGUCUGUUGUUGAGGCUACAAGUUUUGUCUCACCAAAAUGGGUGCCCCAGUUGGCAGAUGCAAAGGAUGUAUUGACAGCAAUUCAAGACGUUGAAGGUGCUAGCUUUCCCGUCUUAACUCCAAAUCUCAAAGGUUUUGAGGCAGCUGUUGCUGCUGGAGCUAAGGAAGUGGCUGUUUUUCCUGCUGCUUCUGAAUCAUUCUCUAAAGCAAAUCUCAAUUGUGGCAUUGAGGAUAACCUUGCUCGUUGCCGUGAUAUUGCUUCAGCUUCUAGAAGCCUCAAGAUCCCAGUUCGUGGAUACAUAUCAUGUGUUGUGGGAUGUCCUUUGGAAGGAAAAAUUGCUCCCGCAAAAGUAGCAUACGUUGCAAAAUCACUUUAUGAGAUGGGGAUCUCGGAGAUUUCAUUAGGGGAUACAAUUGGUGUUGGCACACCUGGUAGCGUCAUUCCUAUGCUAGAAGCUGUUCUUGAUGUUGUUCCAAUUGACAAGCUUGCUGUCCAUUUUCACGAUACUUAUGGUCAGGCACUUUCAAAUAUUCUAAUUUCACUACAGAUGGGGAUCAGCACAGUGGAUUCAUCUGUCUCUGGUCUUGGAGGCUGUCCAUAUGCGAAGGGUGCAACUGGGAAUGUAGCCACUGAAGAUGUUGUUUAUAUGCUGAAUGGACUUGGAGUUAAAACUAAUGUGGACCUUGGAAAACUUAUGAUUGCUGGGGAUUUCAUCUGCAAGCAUUUAAGACGAGCAUCUGGUUCAAAAGUUGCAACUGCAUUGAGUAAAGUUAAAAAUAGUGCCUCUAAACUGUGAGUUACUAAAGUUAGAUCAUGCAUCUGCAUGAGGUAGAUUGUUUACCCAUUGAGUUGUUACUUUUGUUCAUAAGAUGUUAAGACUCGUAACUUCUUUACAGUAAAUGUAUGCUGGUGUUUCCUCUUAUGGCGUGUCCUGCCUGUAUACAAGUGUAAUGUAAAGCUAUUCAGUUCUGCUAGUUUUCUGAGUCUGUUGAGUUGCUUUGAUUAUGUGUUGAACAUGUAAUCUGGAGUGAAACUAUGAAAAUAGUUAAUGCAUUCAAGUUCAA